CAUUACAUCAGCUUUUUGAAAUGUAUAGUCUAUCUUUGCUUGAUUAUAGAGAUUCUCUUUUCUUUGCGAUGCAUAUCGUGAUCAUGUGCUUGUGUUCCUGUCGACCAUCUGAGUGGAAAAUCUAAAAUCAAAUAACCUAAGUUUUAACUUGUACCUUUUGAAUUGCAUACUCUUCUAACAAAUAUCAUCUAACUUGGUAGUCAGAUGAAAAUCUGGUUUCAUUUAUAUGUCACACGCAUACAUUCACAUCAAAAGACUUAUAAUCAUUGUCUGCUAAGUGGUAAUAGUUUUCUUUGCGCACUACUGUUUAUAUGAUAGGAAAAUUUAAAUCGGAUGAUACAAAUUGUUAAUACAUCUUCUGGUUUCUAGACCUCUAACAACUAAUAUUUAACUUUGUGUAACUAUAAGCCCUCUUCAAAAGAUUCAUAGUAUGUUCAAUGUAAUAAUUUUCCCUUGGACACGACGAAGCACACAUGGUUUAUAAAGAUUAUUUUUAAGAUCGUGAAAAUGGCUUCCAUUGCGUGAAUCUUAACAGGAGGUUACACAUGCUCUUGUUUUCGUUAAUAAAUAAUUCACCCAAAGUAACGGAUGAUAUUUAGCUACUUCUUAACGCUUUGAGUGUUUUAAGUACAUUUUCUUUGUGCAGGUCAAGAAUCCAAUCUUUUUUAUGAGUAUUGUAAUUGUACUGAAUCCUGUUCAUAACCAGAACAAAACUGGUAAGUUACACCCCUGAAACUAUCAGACCUUUGUAAUUAUUUGAUUGUACAUAAUCACAACAAACUGGUAAGUCAGGCCCUUGAAAUUAUCGGAAGCUUGUAAUUAUUUGAAUUUGUGCAGGUCAAGAUUCCAAUCUUUUUUUUUUGAGUCUUGUUAUUGUACCAAAUCCUGUUUAUAAUCAUAACAAAACUGAUAAGUUGGACCUUUGUAAUUAUUUGAGCUUAACCAAGAAAUCUUGGGUUGUAAAUUUGUAAUGUAAUAGCUAAAAAAGAGAAAUUACUGCUUGAUGUAGUAGUUGGUGUGAAGCUGCAUUAAAUUUAACAACAUAUGGUUAUUUUAAUUAGAAAAGAAGGAUCUAUUAACAAGUACCUUCUUAUUACUUUAUAAAGGAGGUAAAUACGUCAUCUGAUCAUAAUUAUUAAGCAAUUGCAAGCUUCCGGUGUUGCAAUUACCUAAUUAAUAUUCCCCAUUAAGUUGAUAUCCUUUUGAAUAAUCGCUUGUAUUGUAAGAUUAUCUUAAAUUGUUGAUAUAUGUAAAUGGUCUUGAUAGACUGCAUCGUAAGAUAGCCCUUAAAAUAUUUAUCUGUGGUCUGCAUGCAACAAUAAUUUUGCAAGUCAUAACCUAAUAAUUUUGAGUAAUUUAAGUUCUGUUGCCACAAAUACCCAAUGUGUUCCCUAAAAUUUAUUUCCUGUAAGGAAUGUUUAAACACGAUUAUUACUUUGUGUAGCUGCAACUUUGUAUGAUGUCUUGUAAGGUGACCAUUAAAUUGUUGAUACUCCCUCUAUAUGCAGUGAUAAUUUUGCAGGCUAUAACUUAAUUCGUUGGGUGGGUGCCCUUGCAGAAUCUUGUGGAUAUGCAUGAUGAGUUAGUCAUAAGUUUUAUGAUCCAUAUCUGAUGAGGUUAGCUGUGAAUCUUUGAUGAACGUGAUGCAUAUUGUGAUAAUUCUUGAAAUGUGAAUUGGUUCUAUAGAGUUGAACUGUAAUUUAGGGUCUUCACUCUAUAUGUUAAGAGAAUUUCAUUGAGAAACAUUACAAUAGAUACAUAGUGUGCAUUGAGAAGCUUUUGUAUAGGUUAGAUAAAAUUGCAUUGAGGAGUAAUGAGGACCAUAUGAAGUUAGAGUUUUCAGUGUAUUGAGAGGAUUAGUGUAAUGCAGCUGUAGUCGUUUUUUUUUGGUUGAUUUUUAUGGAGUAAAUUUUAAUGCAGAUCAUAGUAAAAGGCUGACUUCGCUAAAAUCGUAAAUUUUGUUUUGAACCUUUUGUACUAAAAAAAGGACUCAUUGCAUAUGAAAAAGGUACACUGUACAUGGCCAUUGUUCAAUUUUGAGUGGUUUUCAUAAGAUUAAUUUAAUAUAAUAGAUUAUUUGUCAUAUCAUUCAGCUUCAUUUGUUAAAGUAUGCCAUGAUAAUUAACACUAUUGCAUUUUUUACAUUUGAUCGACAUACAACAUUAGAUUGAUAGUUUUGCAGGUUAUGCAAAUAGUCUUCUGUUUAUUUGCGAUAGGUCAGAAAAUUCAGGGUUUCAUCAAGGGGCCGCUUUAUAAAGGGGCUCUAGAGAGGUAAUAAAACAUCCUACACCUCUCUGUACUUGGAUUGUUAGUGGUUUUAAUGUAGCAUGCUUGUUUGGUCCGUCUGAUUUGAAGGUUAAAUUAAUAUCUGUGAAGUAGCUGUUGAUUUGGAAUAUGCUCCUAGCUGUGGGUUAUUCUACUCUUAGUUUAGAGACGUACUAGUUCUAAACUCUGUGGAGGUGUCUAUUUUGGAUUUAGAUAGAUGUUCUAAUUUGUCGUACUAGAAUUUCACUAUUCAAUGAGGUAUGUGCCUCAAUUUUAUUUAACUAGCUUUACCUUUUUGAGGACAGGCUUCUUGAAUGAUCCAGAACUGAUGGUAGUUGCUUAUACAAAUCCAAGAGCAAAGUGGCUUUAUGGUAUAGAUUUUUUACAGAUUGUGAAAGGUUUAUGGGCUUCGUUCUGUUCCAUAUUUGUGUUCAUUAUUAAAUAUUAGAAGUUAAUUAGAGGGAUACAAAAGCUUAGAGAGCUUUAUGGUCUCUCUCUCUCUCUAGUGCGAAUGAUACUUAAAUUGUUAAAGAGUAUAAAAUUAAUGCCGACAGUAAUUUUAGCAUGCUAUUAUUUUAAUUUAACCAGGGCCAGAUAUAUUUGCUGGAGGGCUUAACUGAUAAAAGAUGUCACACAUACUAUUUGUGUGAUCCCGUUCUCUGGAUUGCUCCCUCUAGAAACAGUGUAUGAUAUGCAGCGAAUGCACCUUGAGAACUUGACCUUUAUUUCCAUGUUUGCAAGUUGCCACAUAUUAUACCACGGCGGAAGUAUCUACUGAAAAGCUGGCUUGAGGCUUCAUCCAUAUCUGCAUUCAUGCUGAGGAGUUUAGUGUGGGCAACAUCAAAGCAUGAUGUUUACCUCCUGCAGAAUUAUUCUAUCAUGCAUUGGUCACCAUUGACUAACAAAGAGACAGAAGUGCUUAAUGUUGCUGGGCAUGUUGUUCCGAGUGAGAAACAUCCUGGAUCGUCGGCACAACCUCUAUCACGAGUCCAGAUUAGUACAAUGUCUGUUGAGAACAAUUUAGUUGUUGCUGGUGGUUUUAAGGGAGAACUUAUAUGCAAGCGCUUGGAUCAACCUGGGGUGAACUUCUGUACAAAAGUGUCUCACGAUGAUAAUGCUAUAACUAAUGCAGUGGAGAUCUACAGGAAUGCAAGUGGCUCAACUCGCGUGAUGACUGCAAAUAAUGAUUGUAUUAUACGCGAAUUUGAUACUGAAAAAUUCACAGUUCUUUCACGCCUCUCUUUUCCGUGGUCUAUAAAUCAUACAGCCAUCAGCCCAGACGGUAAACUUGUUGCUGUUCUUGGGGAUAAUACAGAUUGUUUGCUCGCAGAUUCGCUAACUGGAAAGACUAUUGCAACUCUCAAAGGCCAUUUAGAUUAUGGGUUUGCUGGUGCCUGGCACCCGGAUGGUCAUAUAUUGGCGACGGGGAAUCAAGAUACAAUGUGUAGGCUCUGGGAUGUUAGGAACCUUUCUUCUUCUUUUGCCGUCAUAAAGGGUCGUAUGGGUGCAAUAAGGUCGAUACGGUUUUCAUCAGAUGGACGAUUUAUGGCCAUGGCUGAACCAGCAGAUUUUGUUCAUAUAUAUGAUACCUGGCAGGAUUAUAAUAAGAGCCAAGAAAUUGAUCUGUUUGGGGAGGUUGCCGGUAUUUCAUUCAGCCCUGAUACUGAAGCUUUAUUUGUUGGGGUGGCUGAUCGCACGUAUGGUAGUCUUCUUGAGUUUAACCGCAGAAGAUCAAACUUUUAUUUGGAUACCAUCUUUUGAGCUUUAAAGCGCAGGGUUCGAGCUUCUACAUUAGUGGCAGCAUUGUUUUUGUUACAUUAAUGGUUCUUACUUCAUAUUAUUUUCCAAGUAAAUACAUCAAUGUAUAUAGACUCUAUAUAGGGCGAUGCAGGCUUCAAAGUGAAAUCCCAGGCUGGCAACAUAGAAAAUGCCACAGAGAAUACACUAUUUGUUUAUCAUUUUUUGGCUUAUCAUGGAGUGGAGUUUGAGCGUGGGAACGGCUGAAGCAUUGCCCCUGAAUAUGACUAUUCCUUGCUCAAGGAGAGUCUAUGCGCAGAAGGUGAUCGUCAAGAGAAAAAGACAUUAUACUGAAAAGGCGGAAUUGAGAGAGCUUCUCUGAAGUGUGGAACUCUUGUUUGUUAUCGACGUUUGCAUGCACAUGUAAAAUAAAAUUUUGCAUGAGUAUUACACUAUAAAAUUCCAAGAUUUAAGAGUCACAUAGCGUGGGUUGUUGAGGAUGCAGUUUUUCAUUUUACGAUAAUUGGAAUGAUGGAUUAUUUACUGCUUCAAGCAGCAUGAUGAAUAUACCUUGCCAAUUGCAAAGGUAAUUAAAGUA